GAGCACCAAACAAGAUGUUCUGUUAGCCAGUUUGUUAGCUCGCUGCUAACCAAGUCGGGAAGUUGCAAUAUUAUUAUUAUUUUAAUUGCUGACAGAUAACUGUGGAAGAAACGAUGCGGGGUAACGGCAGUUUGCAAAUGAACGUUAACGUCUCAUUCCUCAUUUUGUGAUUAUUUUGACAGUUACCGAAGCUAGUUAGCUUAGCAUUGCUAACGAUAUCGAGGCCAACGCGACUGUAAACGUCUGUGUUUAGUUAACGUGGAUGUUUGGCUGCGAGCUGAACUGGUACCAGAACAAGGGGCGUUUAUUAUAUUGAUUAACCACUGUUCACUAACAUCUGCAGGUCGGGGCAUGUUAUUUAACUGGACAAGAAGGAUUAAAAGUGCGUGUUGAAGUACAGGUAGAGGUUGAUGGUUUAGCCUAGCAGAAGAUUAGCCGAAGAUAAAAGUGCAGUCAUGGACGACUUCAGCUCGAUCAGCCUGCUGUCUCUGGCCAUGUUGGUGGGAUGUUAUGUGGCCGGGACGAUCCCUCUAGCAGUCAACUUCUCAGAGGAAAGGCUGAAGCUGAUCACUGUGCUGGGAGCAGGGCUGCUGUGUGGGACUGCUCUGGCUGUUAUCAUCCCUGAGGGCGUUCAUGCACUUUAUGAAGAAAUACUUGAAGGUGCACACCACAGCCACGGCCAGGCCGGGGUCGUGGAAGUGUCCGAGCCGAAGGGUGAAGCAGACGUGGCCCUGAGUGCCAGCGGGAAACACGAGCACAGCCACGAGCAGCUUCACGCCUGCAUCGGAGUCUCUCUGGUCCUCGGCUUCGUCUUCAUGCUGCUGGUGGACCAGAUAGGCAGCUCUCAUGUGCACAGCACUGAAGAUCCAGAGUCAGCAAGGGCCACCUCCUCAAAGGUCACCACCACUCUGGGUCUUGUGGUCCACGCUGCAGCUGAUGGGGUCGCACUGGGAGCUGCUGCCUCCACCUCUCAGACCAGCGUCCAGCUCAUCGUCUUUGUAGCGAUCAUGCUGCAUAAGGCUCCAGCAGCUUUCGGCCUGGUGUCGUUCCUGAUGCAUGCUGGUCUGGAGAGGAACCGCAUCCGCAAACAUCUCCUGGUGUUUGCCCUGGCGGCACCCGUCCUCGCCAUGCUCACCUUUUUAGGACUCAGUCAGAGCAGCAAGGAGGCCCUGUCAGACUUCAACGCCACCGGCGUGGCCAUGCUCUUCUCUGCCGGCACCUUCCUCUACGUGGCCACCGUCCACGUCCUCCCUGAGGUCGGGGGUGGCGGGCACAGCCACGCUCCCGCAGGAGGGAACGGAGGCAAAGGACUGAGCAAGGUGGAGGUGGGAGCUCUGGUGCUGGGCUGCCUCAUUCCUCUGGUGCUGUCCGUCGGCCACCACCAUUAGAGCCGGGGCUCAGGACGGAUUACAGACGGGUGUACAGGGGGAAAAUGUGGAGACAGAGACUCCAAACAUUGUGGAUCUAAAUGUCUUAUUGCUUGUUGUCUGCUGAUGGACCUCAGGGACCAGACUGGCGCUGCUCGUUGCGGGGACGUCUCAUGACUCCAAACUGAGCUUGAAACAGGGAACGAAUGAUGUUAGGGAAACCAGAGUCGCUGCAGUGACCACGGAGGAAUACAACAAUGUUUUUUUUGACAACAAAACACUUUUCAGCUACUGUAUGUGUCAUUUUUUUCCACCAGAAAUCUUUUUUUGAAGAGAGACCAGAGGGGACCCUUUAGCUCUGUUUAUUUCGAUCACCGUGGAGUUUUCAGUGUUGCAUUAUCGUGCUUGUCCAAAGUCAAAAGAACCAACUCUGAUAUCAUUACAGUGAUGUUUUACUAGACGGUUGCACAGUGAGAUUUGAUUAAGUCAGUGAUAUCAAGAAAGCAAACUUUUUUAUAAUUGUACAGAGUGUAAAUCUGAUAGCAAAAAUCCGAAUUGAUUUGAGCUGAUUUUCAAGUGCCAUAUUAGCAAGUUGUACCUGAAGAGACGGAGUAAACGUUUCAGACUUAUUUUCUUACCAACGGAAAUCUUUUUCUCGCAGCCAGCUACGAAGCAGGAAGAGAUCAGCGCGAUUAACCGGCCAGAUGCUCGUGACAAAUUUAGCUUCGGCUGGUUAGCUUGCCCUGUUGGAGAAGUCAGUGGUAACAAGCAGUUUCUUGGCUUGAUGGGAAGUCGUUCUAUGAUGGUUACUGAUGCUGUCUCUCUAUAAAACCACACGCAAAGGUCCCCAGACUAACCGGCUCAGACCUGAGUCCUGCGUGAGGAGAAGACACGACCAGCCUUCAUGUAUCACAACAUGAACUGUCACUUUUUUUUCUUUUGUCUGUUUAGUUUCUGUUCUGUUUACUCGGAGAGUCAUUCUUAUAAAUAGAGGUUGGAGGUAAAUAAUCUGUAUAGAAUUGUUUCAAGUGAUUGUAUAGAGUGUUAUUAAAUUUAUUUAGAGGUGGAGGGUUAUUUCAGCAGCUCUGAAUGAAUGAUUUUGCCUUACAGAGGGCAUUAACUGGAUGAAAACGUUGAGGGACCACUGGCGCAGGAGAACAGAUAUAUUACAGAUCCUGUGAGGAGAAUUUUGAGAAUUUUUUUAAGUUGGUUUGCUCCUCAUUAAUUAACCAUACCUGAGCAAUAAUUGUACACAUGAGAUCCGAGCAAAGUCACUUUGAAACGGCUACAGAAGUUUUGCCUUUUAUCUUAAAAGCGAUUCAGAUAGAUGCUCUCCAACGCAGCCCCCCUGUCUCUGCCUCAUUAAAACAUAAACCGGUUGAUGCAUUAAAAUGUACGCAGGCUGCUCCCUCUUCUAUCAGGACAGGUGGAUAUUGUGUUACUGUAUCACUGUGCCUGCUCACAGCAGAGCUCAUGUAUAUGUAUGUAAGUAUGUAUGUAUGUGUACUGUACAGAGCAACUUCUUCCUUCCACAAUCAUCAUGCUCUUAAUGUGAGAUUGAACUGCUUACUCACAAAUACAUUUUUUAAAAAUUC